CGGAAGGAAGCCUGGUCGUCUCCAAGGCAACAGUGAGCGUCAACAAUAACGGUGGAGUCGCAAACACUUCUUUUUACCUGUUUAUUCGGUUUAUUCGCUGUUUCGAGGAGAAAGAGAGUCAGGUUUUAGUUUCUGGAGGAUUAAAAGAAAGUUAUUGAACAUCAUUCAAUGGAGUGUCUCGGAGUAUCAUCUGCACAGAACCUCCAGGCUCUGUCUGCUUUAUUAUCAACCCAGCAGGACGGUGAUGAUGAUGAUGGAGGCGAGACUAGACCAUCCCAUGCUAGACUGGGUCCUGGACACAUCGGCGCACCUAAGCAAGAUAAAGAAGUGUCAUCUGCAUACAUCAAGAAGAACAGCAAAGAUAUCUGGAGUGAGGAGGAGGUGGCUGAGGGCUCGCAGUAUGAUGACCUCACUGACCCACGACCACAGCCUGAGUAUGAAGUAAUCCUGAAGCAGAGUGUGGGGACAGAGGAUCUGUACCUUGGCUUGAGUGGAAAGGACCCGUCCUCCAUGUGCUGUGAAGCCAUGCUGGUGAAAAUUAAACUCCCAGAGACUAAAGCAACAGAUGUGGCCUUGGAUGUGAAAGAAACAUUCCUUGAUCUCCGGACGCCGAAAUAUAAGCUGGGUCUUCAUCUCCCACAGCCCACCCACAGCGCCGGGGGAAAGGCUCAGUUUUUCAGCGAGAGGGAGGAACUGGAGGUGACUCUUCCAAUGAAACACUCCAUGGAUUUCCUCAUUAUGCAAUAAGAGUAUGACAACAAGCAGCAAGUAUUCAAAAGUAGAGAGGGGGUGAAGACUGUGUACAAAGGACAAACACAUAUGCUGUUAACGAGUGAUUAAAAGAGAUGAUCAGAGUGAU